CUUCUCUCCUUUCCUUCGCUCCCAACAAUGUCAUCAUCACAGCGCGCCGUCUCUGGGAGCUCAAAACGAGCGGCUGCAGAUGUAGAGGGGGAGGCCUCGUCAUCAAGACCAAAGGUGGGAGGUGAGCAAGAUGCCCUGGCAAGGGCUGGCCAGGACGAUGAGGGCAUGGGCGAGUUCGAGGACCAGUAUGAGGAUGAGCUCGAGAGCGAGUCCGGUGACGAUGGCGAGGCAGCCGAGCCGGGCAUGGAGAUUGAUGGUGUACCUGUAGAUGGAGAGAUUCAACGACCAGACGAAGACGAGGAUGAAGCGCAAGAAGACGAGGCGCAAGUCUAUCUUCCAGGCGACAAGCUAGAGGAAGGUCAGACACUCGAGCCAGAUCAAUCCGCCUACGAGAUGUUGCACCGCCUCAACGUCACUUGGCCCUGCCUUUCCUUCGACCACUUGCGCGAUCACCUCGGAUCAAAUCGUGCCAAAUUCCCGCACACGGCCUACCUGGUCGCCGGCACCCAGGCGGAUGUUGCCAAGAACAACGAGCUUAUGGUCAUGAAGGCUAGUGGGAUGCACAAGACCAACAAGGACGGAGCCACAUCGGACGAUGAAGACGACUCGGACGACGAUGAAGACAACCUAGAUGACGAUGCCAUUCUCGAGUAUCGCUCCAUCCCAGUCCUCGGCGGCAUCAAUCGCGUGCGCGCCGCCCCCACUUCAACACCCACGUCAGACCUGGAACCCUGCCUUGAUCCAUACCCCGUGGCCGCAUGGUCCGAACUUGGCAAGGUCCACAUCUACGAUGUUCGUCCCCUCUUCAACGCUCUCGACCAGCCUGGUGCUCAAAUCGACAAGCGCAAGGCACACACGCCCAUGUACACCGUCGAGGCGCACAGAGGCGUCGAAGGCUACGCCAUGGACUGGGCAGGCAUGGCAGGGCCCUCAGGGACAUCUAGCGGUGGCAAGGCCUCGAGUCUUCGCCUCCUCACCGGCGACAUCCAUUCGAACAUCUAUCUCACCACGUCAAACAACAGCGGCUUCGUCACCAACCCUACGCCCUUUACCUCUCACACUUCCUCGGUAGAGGACAUUCAGUGGUCACCAAACGAGACAACCGUCUUCGCCUCGUGCUCAGCAGACUGCUCCGUUCGCGUUUGGGAUGUGCGUGUCAAGUCUCGCAAGUCGGUCUUGACAUUGGAGAAGGCGCACCCGCAGGAUGUAAAUGUUAUUAGCUGGAAUAGGAGCACGGACUACCUGCUCGUCUCAGGUGGCGACGAAGGUGGGCUCAAUGUGUGGGAUCUGCGAAAUUUCAAGGGUCAGACAGGCAGCUCAGCGAGCAAGCCAUCAGCAGUCGCCUCCUUCCAGUGGCACACGGCGCCCAUCUCCUCCGUCGAAUGGCAUCCCACCGAGGAGUCCGUCUUCGCCGCCUCAGGGCGAGACGACCAGGUCUCUCUCUGGGACCUGGCGGUGGAGCACGACGAUGAUGAGGCUGGUGGAGCAGGAGCGGAGCGCUACGGACCGGAUGGGAGGGAAGUGCCCAGUCAGCUCUUGUUCUGCCAUCAGGGUCAGAACGAUAUCAAGGAGGUGCAUUGGCACCCGCAGAUUCCUGGCGUGCUAAGCACUACGGCGUUGAGUGGGUUCAACAUCUUUAGGACCAUCUCCGUUUAGGGCGUGCGUGAGCGCCAUUGUACUUCGUAAUAGCCAUUGCCUGUCUAUCAUGUUUUGA